AUGGCCACUACUACGGCAGCAAGUAGCGCAGGCGGGGGCAACAAUAUCAAAGUUGUUGCCCGAUUCCGACCUCAGAACAAAGUCGAAAUCGCAAAUGGCGGCCAACCAAUUGUCCAAUUCUCGGGCGAUGAUACGUGCCAGCUGCAAUCCUCCGAAUCCAAUGCCCCCUUUACCUUCGAUCGAGUCUUUGGGACCUCUUCUCAACAAGCUGAUAUCUUUGAUUUCUCAAUAAGAUCUACUGUCACUGAUGUUAUGAAUGGUUACAAUGGAACGGUCUUCGCUUAUGGCCAGACUGGCGCAGGAAAAUCAUACACAAUGAUGGGUGAUAUGGAUGAUCAAGAGAAGAAAGGUAUAAUACCUAGAAUCACGGAAUUGAUAUUCGACUCCAUCCUCGUUCACGGAUCUGCGACUGUUGAAUAUACGGUGGGCAUAUCAUACCUUGAAAUCUACAUGGAACGGAUACGUGACCUGUUAAACCCUGCAAUGGAUAAUCUGCCUAUUAACGAAGGACCGAAAGGCCCUUACGUGAAAGGAUUGCGGGAAAUUUACGUCAAUUCAGUGGAAGAGGUCUAUACCGCUAUGCACUUGGGUCAACGAUCCCGAGUCACUGCGUCUACCAACAUGAAUCAAGAGUCUUCACGAUCACAUUCGAUUUUCCUUACCACAAUAAAUCAGAAGGAUAUUACGACUGGUUCUCAGAAGAGUGGGAUGCUGUACCUUGUGGAUCUGGCCGGUUCCGAGAAGGUUGGCAAAACCGGUGCCAGUGGGCAAACACUAGAGGAGGCAAAGAAAAUCAACAAGAGUUUGAGCGCCCUUGGAAUGGUUAUCAAUGCCCUUACAGAUGGAAAGUCGACACACGUGCCAUACCGAGAUUCCAAAUUGACCAGAAUCCUACAAGAGAGUUUGGGUGGUAAUUCACGGACCACCUUGAUUAUCAAUUGUUCUCCUAGCAGCUACAAUGAUGCAGAAACCAUCGGUACUUUGCGUUUUGGUAUGAGAGCAAAGACCAUCAAGAACAAGGCAAAGGUCAAUGCUGAAUUGAGCCCUGCCGAACUUAAGAGACAACUCAAGAUUGCCCAAAAUCAAGCCAUGUCCUUCGAGAAAUAUAUCUCAUCACUAGAUGCAGAACUGCAACUAUGGAGACAGGGUGAAUCAGUGCCUAAAGAGAAGUGGGUGCAAUCGUUGACUGCCUCCGCUUCGAAACAAGAGCAAAGGGCCAGGCCCGACACACCCUCCAGAGCCCCUUCAGAUUUGCUGAGAUCGGAUACACCUAGUCGGCCAGAUUCACGUAUCGGGGAACGUUCAAGUACGCCAAGCAUAAUCCUCGAAAAGGAUGAAAGAGAAGAAUUUCUGCGUCGUGAGAAUGAACUCCAAGAUCAACUUACUGAAAAGGAGACACAAGCGGCGAAUGCGGAAAGGAAUCUUCAGGAAAUGCGAGAAGAGCUCAAGACGUACAAAGAGGGUACACUUCGGACCACGAAAGAAAGUGAAGCAUUGGCCGAUAAGUUCAACAAGACUCAAAUGGAGCUUCAGAAACUCUCAUACCAGAGCAAAGAAGACACAAUCACCAUGGACAGCCUAAAAGAAGCCAAUUCUGAGCUCGAGAGCGAACUCGUCUCCGUCAAGCAACAGCUUCUCAAUCUGAAAAUGAGCGCCAAGGAGACAACGGCAGCUCUCGACGAGAAAGACCGCAAAAAGCAGGAAAAGAUGGCGAAAAUGUUGGCCGGUUUUGAUCUAGGGGAUACUGCUUUCUCUGAAAAUGAAGAUCGUAUGCGAGACAUGCUCGAGCAGGUGGAUACUGUGCACGCAGCAAGCCUGAAUGGUGAAACUGUCCCCACACAUGUCCUUGAAGACUUGAGGGCCAAAUUAUUGGAAUCCCAGACUCUGGUACGUCAGGCUGAAAAGUCAUUGAACACGAAGGCCGAGAACGACAGCGAAGAACGCGCACUGGUUCUCGAAGAAAAGUUGGCCACCAUACAGCAAGAAUAUGAAGAUCUCCUGACCCGCAAUUUGGGUCCUGAAGAUGUGGAGGACAUCAAGGCCCGCCUUGAGCAGGUCCAGACUGAGAAGCGGGAGACACAAACAGACUUGCUCCAUGACCUUCGAGAGCAAUUGACACACAGAUCACAGGAGGUCGACAAACUCCAAAAGACUAUCACAGACCUCCAAACUCGGGGAGUUGCUAAUGGUAGUGCCAAUGGACCUAUCGGGAAGAGUCUACAACAGCAAAUCUCCGACUUUGAUCUCAUGAAGAAGAAUUUGAUGAGAGAUCUGCAAAACCGAUGUGAGCGAGUCGUUGAGCUGGAGAUCUCCCUCGAUGAAACACGGGAGCAAUAUAACAACGUCCUCCGCUCAAGCAACAACCGGCAGCAACAAAAGAAGAUGGCAUUCUUAGAACGAAACCUUGAACAACUCACUGUAGUGCAACGCCAAUUAGUUGACCAGAACACCAGCCUCAAGAAAGAGGUGGCCAUCGCCGAGCGAAAAUUGAUUGCCAGAAAUGAACGAAUACUCAGUCUAGAAAGCCUGCUGAACGAAAGCCAAGAGAAGCUGACGCAGACAAACCAUAGAUUCGAGACACAACUCGCUGCCGUUAAGGAACGUCUGGAAGCGGCCAAAGUUUCAUCACGAAACAUGGCAGCUGGAGGCGUUGUUGGUCCCGGCGGUUUCAACAGCCUCAUGACAGCAGGUGCCAGAAUUGCAAAACCUCUCCGCGGUGGAGGAGGAGCCACAACUCUGGACGGCGCGAAUGGUGGAGGCAUGAUGAACGGAGCCCCCUCGAUCCCCAUCAUUUCCAGUCUUGCAGGGGGUGAUGGUGGCAACAAACGGAGUAGCUGGUUCUUCAACACAAACCGAUAA